AUGCCGCCCCCCAUUCAACUCUUUCUAACUACCAUCGUAUCUCAGCCAAAAUUACGGCAGCGUCAAGAGUAUAUUCUUCGAAUACUUCAAGUAAAGAAGAUCCCCUACAUAUCCUACGAUCUCGCUUCGGAUGAGAAUGCGAAGCGUUUGUGGAGACGUAAAGCCCUCCAGGAAAUCAGGAUCUUCCCGACAUUCGACAAAUUUGAAGAAGCGGUAGAAUACAACGAACUUAACCUCUUCCUCCGAUUGGACGAAGAUUGGGACGAAGCUAUCGACGGAAAGACACUUGAAGCUCAGCCUGCCAUCGGCGUACCAGGUGUCGUCACCCCCGAAAAGAUAACAGGGCAAAAACCAAGUUUCGCUCCAGCGGGAAGUGUACCUAUUCCUGCUGUAAGAGAAGGGGAGGUCGAUUUAGGAGAGGUUCUGGAAGGAUACGGAUUACAAGGUGUCAAGAUUACACCAGACGAAAUAACCGAUCUCGUCCAGAUGCUCGGAUUAAACGACGAGGAAUCGAAAGAUCUGAUCGGAGGCUUAGAUUUCAGUGUACCAAAACCCGCAACGCCUUCGACAACCGACACGGCGCCGUCAUCGCAUCCUGGACAAAAGAGUCAUUCGUCCACACCGUCCAAACGACCUCCAACAUCGAUCGACACAAGUGCCCUGCAGUUGAAGACUCUGAACACCAACUCGUUCAAGAGUCUGAUGAAGAGAACGAUGGCGAGGAGGGUGACGAUUCAGGACUUGACGAACCCCCAGAUCCAACUCUUCCUCGACUCAUCAGGAAACGCACGGAUAGACGACCUUUGCAAUCCCCAUUAA